GCCCCUCAACUUCCCUCAUGACCUUAGUAUUUGCCCUCUUGUCGACGUCUUGGCCACUAUUUCGCCUUUUGGGAGCAGCGUGGAAUCUUUCUUUUCUUCUGUAGACAUCUCCGACAACUACGAUCGGAGACAUUCCUUUUUCCCAGCUCGUUUUGUGCAACAAUAGUCGCUCGCUCGUUGUCUUGAGCGCACCACGCCUGCACCUCAAUGACACCUCGGGCUAAAUGUUUUGUCAAUACCAAUAGCGCCAAUUUAAUUUCUCAAAUUAUAUAAUAAAAAAGAAAGAAGAAGAAAGGAAGGAGUGAUGACAAUCGUGCCAGGAGAAGCUGGUCCAUAGAAUUUAUUUGGAACAUGAAGCUCAUUUGCCAUGUCUAAGACAGCUGUGAGGAAGCAGCACUGGCGUUCCAGGAUGCAGGAUACCUUCGUCCCCUUGAUCGGCUCAUCAGGGGAGCUCGGCGUGGCCGUCGGAGGAGGGGCUGAUUACGGAGAGUUUCCUUUUGUCACGGCCGCUCCGGGGGACGGACUCACGGUGGGCGAUAUCAUUCUGGAGAUUGGAGGAACGCCUGUACUGGGCAUGACGCUCGGAGACGUACGGGGGGUUCUCAACUCCUGCCCCCAUCCUGUCCGCAUCAAAAGCGUGUCACCAGGCGCCACAUUGUGCAAGGAUCUCAGGUUGUACCUGAGUAAGUGCUUCACACCCGGCUCAGUGGAUAGCACACUUCAGCAGGUCAUCCGAGAGAACCUUUACCUCCGAGCUGUACCUUGCACGACCAGGCCGCCUAGAGUGGGAGAGAUCCCCGGGACAGACUAUAACUUUGUCUCCAUUGAGGAGUUUUUUUCUCUGGAGGAGUCGGGAGCGCUGCUGGAGAGCGGUAAAUUUAAAGGGAAUUACUACGGUACGCCUCGCCCUGUUCACAUCAGUACAGAAAGCCCCCCCAUCACCUACCAGGAACACCGCAACCUGCUCAGGAACUUCCGCACGCGCAGCAAGUCGCUCAGCAACCUGGAGAAGGCUGCAGCCCAAGCUGAGCGUGUUGACGAUGACCUGGGCCUCCCGGGAGGACAUCGGUCACCGACGGGGCGCCGGGCAUCGAGUGGUGGGGUCGCUUGCAUCCUAGAAAACGGCUUUGUGGGCAACAGGGCUGUAGCCAGAGGGAGAGACGUGAUGGCGGAUGACUGGGAGCAGGCUUUCAGCGACCCGGGAGACUCUCACUACAUUGACCACAAGAGGACCAGCUGGCAGAGUCCUCGAGCUCCAAGCAGGGAGUCGCUCUACAAAAAUGAAUGGUUCACCGAGUACCCAGAGGAGCUUCAGGGUUUUCUUGUGCGCACACAUAUGAUCAAGGGCUCCCGGGGCUUUGGCUUCAACAUUGUUGGAGGCAGUAAGCCAAGAGAGUUCCUUCAGGUCUAUAGUGUGACUUCGAACGGACCCUCGGCUCUCAAGACAGCGGACAUUCUGGUGUACGUCAAUGACGUUUGCGUGUUGGGAGUGUCUCACAAAAAGGUGGUGGAGAUGUUGAAAUCCGUCCCCGUGGGCCACGGUGUGGAUAUCGCCGUCAGAAGAGGAUACCCCAUGUUAUACAACCCCGACGGGUGCCCCAAAGAGUGCUUGCUGGACAGCAGCGACCCCCUUCUACUACCCACCACUACGCAGCCUGAGCCUUUUCACCAUCUACCUCGGCGCCAGACGCCCACUCCCCAGAGCCGCCACUUAAACGGCGUGGAGCCCGGCGUGUUUCUCGACGCCAACGGAAACGCCGCUUCCUUUGCCGGAAGACAGUCGUCACUGAGACGUUCUAGUUUGAGCAACGCCGCCUCACCGCCCUUGACACGCCCGCCUCGUUCCCUGAGAACGCUAGCCCGACUGCAGUCACUUGACCCCACCCUGGCCAGUCAGAGUGAUAGUGAGGUUGUCUCUGCUAUUGGGUCACACAGGGCAUCAAUGAUCCGUAAUCACAACAACAACUCGAUGUCAACCCCCCAGCAUCCUUUACGUUUCGGCACAUCCAUCAAGUCAUCGGAGAGCGACCUAUCCACCUGCACGCUGCCCGUGUCUCGCCUGCAAUUGCCUCUGUCACCCAAGAGGCCGUCGUCAUCCCCGGGCGGCCCCCGCAGCGCUCACGCCCACCUCUUCAGGCCGCAGCCCUCACACCUUCGACCUCUUCUGACGCCAGAAAGCCCUCGCCGCGGCUUUAACGGUCUCCACGGCAGCGCAACGUCCGGUCUCGGCAAGAUGGCAAAUGGGGGUUUCGGCAAAGGCGAGUUGGUGCCGGUGGCGUUGGCGCAGACUGAAGCGGACAGAGGCCUGGGGUUCAGCAUGAUGGCCAGCGGGCCAGGGGGCGAGAUGACCGUCGUCAGGAGAGUCUGGGACAAAAAGCAAUGCAACACUCUGCAGCCAGGGGAUGCUAUUGUCAAAAUUAACGGAGCUGAUGUGCAGAGUCUCAGCCUUGCUCAGGUACAAACGGUUCUUCAGGAGCACACCAAACAGGGCGAAGUCACUCUGUUGGUGUACAGAGGAGGUAUCUAUCAAUCCGUCAUCUCCCCCAGCUCCGUUCGGAGACUCCCCCCUCCUCUGCUCCAUCCGCCUCCUCCGCCCGGCCACUCGGCCAUCCUCACCGAUGCCUUACCUGUACCUCGUACGUCAUUCGGCACGCCGCCAUCCACGUUUUCGACAGGUUCCUCGCUGAUCCAGAGCACCAGCUUCUUGGAGUCCAUUCCGGUCACUCUGACCAUGGAGCCCAAGGACUGGAUCAGUACAGGUCUGGAGGAUGACGAUGGCAGAGUCAUAGAACCCGAUUCAGGCCUGGAAAUGCGAGAAGACGAGAGGGCCAGACGACUGAGAGGGUUCGAUGUGGAGCUGAAGAGAAAACCAGGAGAGGGUUUCGGCUUUGUCAUCGCCUCUCAGGAUCUGGAAAACGUCAAAGCCGCUUCUCUUCUGCCACAUCGUUUAGUGACAGUGCGCCGAGGCAGCCCAGCAGCCAAGAGCGGUCAAAUCCGGCCUGGGGAUCGACUGGAGGCCGUAGAAGGACGCUCAGUGGUGACGCUGCCUCACCGCGAGCUGGCGCAGAUCCUUCGCCGAGCAGGGAACACGUUACGCCUCACUGUCGUGCCCCGGCCAAAUGCCUACUCAACCAACCUUUCAGAAUCAACUGAGUAUGACCUCGGACACAGAAACAGGAAGGGUCAGAAGUCGCGCCCCAAACGGGAUUCCAGGUAUUACAGCGUUAACUUGGAUCGGGGCCCUUCGGGAUUUGGCUUCAGCCUGCGAGGGGGCAGCGAGUACAACAUGGGCCUCUACGUCCUGGGACUGAUGGAAGGAGGGCCUGCGUCGCGCAGCCAGAAGAUCCAGGUGAGUGACCAGCUUGUGGAGAUCAACGGAGACAGCACGACGGGGAUGACUCACAGUCAGGCGGUGGAGCAAAUCCGCAAAGGAGGGCACCGCAUCCACCUGGUCCUCAAGAGAGGAAACGGAUAUGUGCCCGACUAUGGCCAUGAGCACAGAAUCACCUCCCCCUCCCGCCUGCGGCACCCCAAGGAGCAGGGUAUGGCUGCAGUAAACCCCAGAAGGCAGAGGGGGCGCAGCUCCAAGCAAAAGAGAAGAAGCAAGUCUUUGGACGGACGAGAGAAAGGGACAAGAAGGCGUAGAAGGCGGGGAACGGGAAGUCGCUCGCCGUUGCGGAGCCCCGACUCACAACCCGGGAAAGGGGAGGGCUCUAGGAGAAGGGCAUCUCGGAGUUUACCCAGAGAAGCCCUGCCAACGAACGACAGUCAUGUGAGGAGGGUGAAGAUAGCAGAGAGAGAGAGGAGUAGAGAGAGGAAGGAGAAGAAACAGGAAGUUGCUCCUUUGGAGGAGGAUCUGGAAGACAAGGUCCACGUAGAAGACGAGGACAUAGAGGGAGUACGCGUGCUGCCAAUUCCGAGUCCUAACGAAAAGCUUCCCAGGCCCAAAUGGGAGAGCGAGGAGGAGCCUGAUGAAAUGGGGGAAAUCGCCGCAGGCUACCGUCACAUCAAGCACCUCCAGGGCUCCAUGGACCAUGAUAAUGACGACGAGCAGGGUGGAGAAACUCUUCAGAGGUUUGCGGAAGAUGAGCUUUCAAGUGAUGCACAGGAGGAAGAAUUAUCAAGUGACACAAGGAGAUAUUCCAUCUCUCAAAGGAAGCCCUUCUCCUUCCUCACUUCCGCACUUUCCUUAAAUCAGCUGAGGGACGAUGAGUCACAGUCCGGAGGUAGCCAAUCAGACGACACCGUGUCCGCCGCCAGCAUCUUCGGCCAAACGCUCGACCUGCUGCCUGGCCCUUGGCUGGCUCCCAGUCGGCAGAGGGUGGCCCGCGUUGUCGCGGAGGACGGGCUGUCGUCGAGGCCCAGGCGCCAGCAAACAGAGCGGAGUGACGAUGCCACUUGAAUGCAAUUUUGUUGAUUUGGCAACACUCACUUGGUACCAUGGCAAUUCACAACCUGAAACAUUACUCACAAAAGGUUUGCCGCAUCACAAAAACAUUUGACCGUAUCUGCAGUAAUUUGUGAUGACCAUUCCAAAGUUUACAGAAGAUGAAAUGAAGUUCACUUGUAUAACUUCUACUUCAUCUUCUACUUGAUCCUGAACUUUUUGUGAGUAGUCAGGUGUCAUUUUCAUUGGUCAUGCGCAUGGAAGAAUACCAUGGUACCACGGAGACACACACGGAGAGCUUCUUCAACAGCUUCCCUUAUAGCGAUUAUGGCAGCCAUGCUUGAAAAGUAAUAGCAAAGCAAAAAGACUAAUUCUCAGACCAGUUAAAUUAAAUUUGAUCAUUCCCCGUGGCACAUCUGAUGAUACUAACAUGCCGUUAAACUGUUGUUGGGAAUCACCGCUCUUUUCCGGCUUGUCAGUCUAAUUGUUUUUUUAUCUUGGAUUUUUUUUUUUAAUACGUACGUAUAUGGAAAACAUAGUUCUGCAGUCUAAUCAUCUAAAUAGAAGAAUAUUUGCACAAUUGAUCAUUUCAGUGUGGCAACUUACUUCUCAGGUAGUGGGACCGUAUCUGUGCUUGUUUGGCAAGUUGUUAUUCUCCCCUGGCAAUUUAGUCCUCGCUAUUUUCCCCAUCUGUCUGGCGCCAUUAUCCCCCAUGAAUGGAAACUGAUGAGGACCAAUUGAAUUGUUUUUCUACUGGAACUUGUUCUGGAUUCUUAUCCCAAAAUUUGUGGUUGUAUUCUUCGUGCCUUUUUACAGCUGAUUCUUGGCUAAUAUUUCAUGUUCUAGAUAUUUUCUUGUUUCUCUGGGUCACUUUUCCCUUUAUUCUGUUGCACUUUUGUCUUAAAAUUGGUUCCAGGGUAAUACGGUAGAGCAGAUAUUUUUUGUAACUUAAAUUAAAACAGAUACAAUAAAUAUGCAUAAAAUACACAUACAGGUUGAACUUUUUCAUUCAUGUGCUAAAAAAUAUCCAUACAUCAUCAAAAUUGGAAGUCAACAAUCUGUGCCAUAGUUCUGCCCAAUGUGACUAAAUGUUCUCAAAUGUGCUUCAAUAAAAUAGAAAUACACAUACUUUUUAUAUUAAGAUUUUUUCUCCUACUUUGAGAUUUCUGUUUUUAACUGAAUUGUUUUGCAACAAUGAAAAUACUUUUAUUUUAUUUUAAAUAUAUCUGAAUGGGACUUAUAUGCACCACGGUUGUCUGCUUCUCACUUCCUUCCUUUCUGUAAAGUAUCUGCUCCUUUAAGAAGUCUGCAUUAGUCUUCAUUUAUACCUCAUGACGACUCCAAGCAAUAAAAAUGCAAUUAUCCGCCCUCCCUUUCCGUGUAGUCGGCCCACGCUCCACUGUAUAGUUCACAAUAAUUGUGAUGACGCAAAUCCCCUUUUCAAAGCCGCUUUUCCUCAAGGUGUGGCAUUCUUCACUCAAAAUAUAUUCUGUAAAUAUGUACAUGUCCGUAAUUAUUCAUCUCUACUGUAUAUGUCACGCAACAGCUGUCCAUUUAUAUUGCCACUUGCGUGAUGGAAAGUACACGAAAGAGCUUUUGUGAAGGACCGAAUAGAUUUUUGAUCGUGCCAGCAGCACGCCUGGCACGAUCAUGAAUGUUUUCUUCUAUGCGACUUGAGUGUGAAUUAGGAUGCUCACUUUUUUUUCUCGAAGUUAGUGAGAGGUGGGCGGGUUUCAAUUUGUAUGCCCAUGCGUUACGUUACCACGUUUCCUUGGUAACAAACUGCGUCAUCCCGACCAUUGUCUAACUGUGAAUCAUAAAUUGGAAUUAAUGGGGUCCUUGUAAAUCGCUCAACAUCUCAUCAUCAUUCAUGGUGUUUUAUUCAAUAUGACAAUGUGUUUUUUCAUUGUGUUACAGCAAUCGAAAAGACAUUAUGAAGAGAAACUUUGAGAUGUUAUUUUUCUAUAGAUUACCUUUUUUUUUUUUCAAUUACUCAGGUUAUCAGAUACUUAAGCCAUUCGGAAGGGAAAGUUACACAUUUUCAUAAAACAGACUGUUAUUAUCGUGCUGGAAAAAUCCUCUUCACACGUUCUUGGAUUUAUUUCCAAAAUUGAUGAAAUACCGGAAGAAUGACACCGCCGAAUCCCUGAUCAGUGUCGAUUUAAUUUCACUUUUUUUUUUUUUUUUAGUUCCCAAAGCAGAUGAUAUGUCUGAAGUGUAAACACGUUGUAAUAAAAGUGAAAAUAAAGUGCUGAACCAA